AUGGCAGUUGACAACCUCCCAGGAAUUGCAGCCACCCUCACCCCCCACCAGUUUGUUUUCCUAUUGUGUGCUGGUUCAUAGAUAUUUCAUUCCAUAUCAGUGUGUGGUGCUUUUUAAUAAUGACUGUUACUUUGACCUGCCCUGUCUCUAAAUAGGGGACUGUCUGUCUGGGGACGUCCAAACCUGUAAAACAUGAUGAUGACCUACCCCACUCCGAGCAUUCUCUCAGGACUGAAAUUAGUUUUAUAGACUUUAUAAUGCUGCUUAUUUUUCACGACAGUUACAGGCAGCGUCCCAAAUGGCACCCAUAGGGCUCUGGUCAAAAGUAGUGCACUACGUAGGGAAUAGGGUACCAUUUGGGACACAAACAGUAAAUUGUACUGAGCAUCCUGGGUUGGACUGGGGCUUGACUGUAUAUUCACACCCACACUCCCAGCAGUAAACAAACUGGGGUUCUGGUGUUCCUGGCUCCACAUUCCCUACUAACAAUGGGUUGCGUGGUGCGGUGGCAGCUCCUCCCGCUCUAGCCUCCACCCGGCAGGCGCCGUUCCCUCUGAAUUCUGACUAGGGCUGAACCCUCAACCUUCAACCCUUCCCUGGUGGGGAGAACUGGGAAGGACGGAAUUCCUCCCUCCACACGCCGGCCGGGAUUGGAAUGUCACCAGCUUUUUAUGGAAGGACCUGAGAUGGUCCCGUAUACUUUGUCUUGAAAUUGUCAGACUCCAGCCACCCUAGUCAUAGACUGUUCUCUCUGCUACCGCACGGCAAGCGGUACCGGAGCGCCAAGUCUAGGUCCAAAAGGCUUCUUAACAGCUUCUACCCCCAAGCCAUAAGACUCCUGAACAGCUAAUCAUGGCUACCCGGACUAUUUGCAUUGCCCCCCCACCCCCUCUUUUACGCUGCUGCUACUCUGUUUAUUAUCUAUGUUUAGUCACUUUAACUCUACCCACAUGUACAUAUUACCUAAAUUACCUGGACUAACCGGUGCCCCCGGCACAUUGACUCUGUACCGGUACCCCCCUGUAUAUAGCCUCCCUACUGUUAUUUCACAUUGACUCUGUACCGGUACCCCGCUGUAUAUAGCCUCCCUACUGUUAUUUCACAUUGACUCUGUACCGGUACCCCCCCCUGUAUAUAGCCUCCCUACUGUUAUUUCACAUUGACUCUGUACCGGUACCCCCCUGUAUAUAGCCUCCCUACUGUUAUUUCACAUUGACUCUGUACCAGUACCCCCCUGUAUAUAGCCUCCCUACUGUUAUUUCACAUGUGACUCUGUACCAGUACCCCCCAGUAUAUAGCCUCCCUACUGUUAUUUCACAUUGACUCUGUACCAGUACCCCCCUGUAUAUAGCCUCCCUACUGUUAUUCACAUUGACUCUGUACCAUUACCCCCUGUAUAUAGCCUCCCUACUGUAUUUCACAUUGACUCUGUACCAGUACCACCCCCGUAUAUAGCCUCCCUACUGUUAUUUCACAUUGACUCUGUACCAGUACCCCCCUGUAUAUAGCCUCCCUACUGUUAUUUCACAUUGACUCUGUACCAGUACCCCCCUGUAUAUAGCCUCCCUACUGUUAUUUCACAUUGACUCUGUACCAGUACCCCCCUGUAUAUAGCCUCCCUACUGUUAUUUCACAUUGACUCUGUACCAGUACCCCCCUGUAUAUAGCCUCCCUACUGUUAUUUCACAUUGACUCUGUACCAGUACCCCCCUGAGAUAGCCUCCUGUUAUAUAGCCUACCCCCCUAACUCCCUACUGUUAUUUCACAUUUACUCUGUACCAGUACCCCCCUGUAUAUAGCCUCCCUACUGUUAUUUCACAUUUACUCUGUACCAGUACCCCCCUGUAUAUAGCCUCCCUACUGUUAUUUCACAUUGACUCUGUACCAGUACCCCCCUGUAUAUAGCCUCCCUACUGUUAUUUUACUCUUUCAUUAUUUGCUUUUUUAAACUGCAUUGUUGGUUAAGGGCUUGUAAGUAAGCAUUUCACUGUAAGGUGAAUUGUAUUCGGUUCAUGUGGCAAAUAAAAUGUGAUUUGAUUUGAAGACCUGUGACAUCACAGAUACACAAAGGUUAGGUGAAUUCCACUAGCUGGUCUCUGGCGCUCGCUCUCUCUCUCUUGCUCGCUCGCGCUCUCUCUCUCUCUCGCUGUCUCGCUCACUCCACAACAGGAAGAACACAGCCCUGUAAACCAGAGAGCAACAACACUACCACUACCAAGAGGCUACCUACCAUAAACUUAGGGACAUGCUUUUGUGACAGUUGGUUGACUGUGUCAUUCGGUGCUCACACAGAUGGUCACCAUUGUGUUGGCCUCCGCUUUUUCUUAUUGCCAUUACAGGGUUAAUAUUUAGGCCAUAAUCUGCAAUCAUAAUUUGAAUAUUGAAUCAGCUGUGUGUUUUUGUUUGGUCCUAGAAAGCCAGAGUAUAAUGCUGUUACUACCUGGGCUUUCAAACCAAGGUGCCCUAGAAAGUCCCCAGUCCAUCAAAGUACCUCCCCCUGGAGCCUCAGUUGAACGUGCUGACCAAUAGCGCUGCUCCAGUCUGUUGACUUACAUUGUUGUUUGCCCACGACAACUGAGCCUUGAACUGUGCUCUGAGGUUACAAACCAUGUGUCCGUUUCAAUUUUUAUUCUCUAAAUUUGCUAAAUUCUCUCAUCCUGUCCAGUGACACUGCCUUAUAUUUAUGUCAGAUUGACAUAAAAACGUUCUGCUUGUCGGAUUCUCAAGUAGGCGAGUAAGCACACACCAAACUCCUGGAUCUGCCCCAGUUAUGUAUUUCAGGGUAAACCAUUGAAAUUGACCUAGAAUUAAGGAAGUCCCCUCAAUAGAAAAGGAACAGCAUAGUUCUGAGUUCUUACCACAGUUUCACAGUUCUAGACCUCCUCAUACACAAGUGAUUCCUUUCCAACGGCAGUGUCCACACGCGACUCACUUGACCCUUCGGCCAAUCAGCCAGUUGUAUUUGCACAGCCUGAGUGCAGCUAUGUGUUGCCAGACGGACGGGUUUCUCUCUCACUCUCUGUCUCUAAACCGCCAGCAGCCCGGGAUUCAACCUCACGGCUGGGUCGGGCCUGUCCCACAAGUUCUAUAUCCGUCGCCGCCACAGAGGUCAAUACUUAAAAUGGGAUUAUGGUUUUUCAAAUUAUUACACUCCACCCACCGUCCAGGAGGUGUUUUUUUCCCUGUGUUUUUCUUGCGUUUAUGGAGCGUUCAUGUAUAGAAGUUAAAAUAAGACUAUUAUUUUACUACUACUACCUCUCACUCUUAAGUUGGAGCGGUAGAGCGUUGGUGGUGUUAUCGAACGUGGUUGGUUUGCGUAGUGCCUGCGAAAUUCCUAGAUUUCCUUAUUGUGUGCCAGCAGUAAAGAGAGAUUGGCUCCUGUGGUUCUGAUUAGGACCUUACUCUUUCUUUCUCAAACCAACCUCAACAGGAAAGGGAAGACCAACGGACGCUGGAGUUAUUUCAUGCCAAAGUAUUGUCCAAAAGAAAGGUCUAGAAAUCUCACUGCUCCGUGGCUAAUAAUAGAGGUGUGAUGGCAAACCAAAACACAAAAUCAGACCAAUACAGGAGGUUGCCAAAGACCCUAGAAAUAUGACUGCUCCAUGUCCAUAACAUAUAGAUGGAGCCUAUAGAGGUAUAAUGGCAGAGAAAAAGCCUGUGAAAUUCAAAGGAUCCUUUGGCAGUGCUAGUCGGUGAUACUGCAUGCGCUCCCAGAAGGCAUGCGCUCCCAGAAGGCAUUAGUUAGUUAGUGAGUCCAGAGAGGUCUGUGAUGUGUCAUUGGCUGUGGCCCUAUGGACUCUGGUCAAAAGUAGUGCACUAUAUAGGGAAUAGGGUGCCAUUUGGGGAUGCACACAUUGUGAGUGAGUGAGUGAGUGAGAGAUUUCACUCAGCUGAUGAGCAGUGGGCUUGCCAGGAAAUCUGUCCCGACGCAUCUGGCUACUUAUGAUGUGUAUUAUUCACACACGGAUAACCUUUAACGCAUCUGAACCACACAGACACACAAGUUAAUUGAUAAUGUAUUGAAUAGGUGUGUAUUCUAUUUUUGAUAUAUAAAGAUAUGCUACAUUACCCUUAAGUUAUAUCUGCACUCUUUCCACUUACUGUGUAUCACAUUAUUAUUCAUCAACACAGCCUCCCCAUCAACUAACCUCUAAACCCCUGCCUAGUAGUGACACGAACCAGCCCCCCCCCCCCCCCCCCCCCCCACCCCUCCUGCUCUGCUCCCCUUCUACUCUCCCCUCUGCUCUCCUCUAAACCCCCUGUACUCCCUCCUACUCCUCCACCAUUAGUUUCUGCUCCCCUCUCAUAUAGGUUAAGGUUAGUCAGCCUGCUAGCUCAGAGCUCUCCCAGUUUCUUUAUGAGCCACUUUAAGACUUUCACGCUGUGGUAACUCAACGAGGCGUGGUGUCCGGAGACCACACCUGCUGCCGCUGGGGCUGGGCUGACCAGCUUACUCACUGACUGGCGCAAGUGUGAUUGUGAUGCAUGUACGAGCACACGCACACAGUCUCACACACGCAUUCUCUCACACACACACUGCUGUUAAGGGCCCCCUGUUAACUCUGUAGUCUGACAUUUGACCCUCUCUCUCCCUCCAGGCUCAGACGACUGCACGGUGCGCUUCUGGGAGGUCAACACGGGGCGCUGCAUGAAGACUCUGGAGGUGGGCGGAGCUGUGAAGAGCGUGGCAUGGAACCCCAACCCGGCCGUCUGCCUGGUGGCCGUGUGCUUGUAAGUCUCCUCAUACAGUCUCUUUCCUCCUAAUGGGUGCUCUCUUAAAAUCCUUCCCCCCUCUUUCCUCUGUUUUGAGUUCUCUGUCUUCAUCACUGAACAUACUGUAUGUGUUGACAGACAGAAUUCAUUUAUAGUGUAGUGUCCGAGGUUAACCAAUAACCACUGCAACCAGUUUAUAAUUGUUAGUAUGCGGUACUACUGAUGCCACUGUCAACUUUGAGAGGACUUGUCCUCUUUACUGGCUUGUUGACAUUAUCCUGAUGUUAGCAACCUAAUUUGUAGACAAUCCUGUAGGGUCCAGUGUCAUUCUGACUGUGUCUCUCUCUGUCUCUCUCUCUCUGUCUCUCCCUCUGUGUGUGUGUCUCUCUCUCUGUGUGUCUCUCUCUCUGUGUCUCCCUCGCUCUCUCUCUGUCGGUCUCUCGCUCUCUCCCUCUCCCUCUCUGUCGGUCUCUCGCUCUCUCCCCCUCCCUCUCUGUCUUCCUCAGUGAGAGUACAGUGCUGCUGUUGAACCCAGCUUUGGGAGACAGGCUGGUGGUGAGCUCCACAGACCAGCUGAUCACCUCCUACCAGCCCCCAGAGGAGGACAAGGAGCAGGCCGUCACCUGGGCUCUGUCUGAGGGCCCGGAGCACAACAAGGGCCACCGCCUCACACUCACCCACCCGAAGGUAAUAGUCCUGAACCUACCCUCUCAAACUUCCCCUCACCCACCCUAAGGUAAGACACACUACCUCCCUCGCAACUUCCCCUCACCCACCGAAGUAAUACACCUAACCCACCACUCUAAAGGUAAGGACACACUACCACUCCCUCUCAGACUUCCCCUCACCCACUCUAAGGUAAGACACACUACCCCUCCCUCUCAGACUAACCCUCACCCACUCUAAGGUAAGACACACUACCCCUCCCUCUCAGACUAACCCUCACCCACCCUAAGGUAAGACACACUACCCCUCCCUCUCAGACUAACCCUCACCCACCCUAAGGUAAGACACACUACCCCUCCCUCUCAGACUAACCCUCACCACCCUAAGGUAAGACACACUACCCCUCCUCUCAGACUAACCCUCACCCACCCUAAGGUAAGACACACUACCACCCUCUCAGACUAACCCUCACCCACCCUAAGGUAAAACACACUACCCCUCCCUCUCAGACUAACCCUCACCCACCCUAAGGUAAGCCUUCCCAUACUCCUCCAUUCAUCCUCACUCCUCUUAGGUAAGGUCAUCCCAACGCAGUGGUCAGUGCUUGCAUCCAUAGCUCCAUGAAUUUGAGAGUGGUUACAUUUCUCUAGCCCUAUCCCUCAGCUGGUUGCCAGAAAAGUGGUGGGGUGACUGCUUUGUUGUUUGAAUCCCAGAUUACCCCUUUAAGGCCACAGGUAACUCAGAAUGUUGGGGCCAUAGCGAAGAAGACAAACACUCAAAUGGAGAUACUGGGAACCCUAUGAUGACAUUCAGUCAUAUUUUUUGGCAUUACCCCAGCAACCCUUUUUAGUUCAACAGCUGUAGCUUUGUGGUUUUUAAGGAUUGGCAAAACCAGAGCAGAUUGUGGUUAGACUUUUUCCUCAAGUAAACUGAAAGAAACAUAAGAGAAGAGCUUUCUAGUUUUUGUAAUUAAAAUGGAGUGGAAAAUUGCCACAGAUGCACAUGGCAUUUGGAAAGCCUGCAAUAGUAAUACUAGCUACCACCCAUAUUUUCAAGUGUCUGUACUUUACCUUAGCUGUAGUCCUAGGUGUACUAUAAAAAUAUGUAUUAAAACUAUAAUGUAUUACUGUAGUAAUAAUAAUAGUACUGUAUAGUAAUAACAGUAAUAUAAAUGUUGUUUUGAAUUGUGAUAAUACAAUUAAUAUUGAAUCAUGCUUAAAUCCUCCUCUUCCUUUCUCUCCUCUCUUCAUCUCCCUCCUCUCUCCCUCCCCUCUCCCUCCCGCCCCUCUCCCUCCCUCCCCCUCUCCCACCCCUCUCCCUCCCUCCCCUCUCCCUCUCCUCUCCCUCCCUCCCCUCUCCCUCUCCUCUCCCUCCUUCCCCUUCCUUCCUCCCUCUCCCUCCCUCCCCUCUCCCUCCCUCUCCCUCCCUCCCCUCUCCCUCCCUCCCCCUCCCCUCUCCCUCCCUCUCCCUCCCUCCCCUCUCCCUCCCUCCCCUCUCCCUCCUCCCUCCCCUCCCCUCUCCCUCCCUCUCCCUCCCUCCCCUUCCCCUUCCUUCCUCCCUCUCCCUUCCUCCCUCCUUCCCCUCCCUCCCCUCCCCUCCCUCUCCCUCCCCUCUCCCUCCCUCUCCCUCCCCUCUCCCUCCCUCUCCCUCCUUCCCCUCCCUCCCCUUCCUCCCUCCCCUUCCUCCUCCAGGCAGUAAAGCAGGUGGUUUGGCACGGUAAGGGUGACUACCUGGCCAGCGUCAUGCCUGACAACAGCAGCAACCUGCAGGUGCUGAUCCACCAGGUGAGCAAGCGGCGGACGCAGAACCCCUUCCGCAAGAACAAGGGCCUGGUGCAGUGCGUCUCCUUCCACCCGCUGCGGCCCUACUUCUUCGUGGCCACGCAGCGCUACGUGCGCGUCUACAACCUCAUCAAGCAAGAGCUGACCAAGAAGCUGAUGACCAACUGCAAGUGGAUCUCAAGCAUGGCCAUUCACCCUGGAGGUUAGUGCAGCGCUCUGUCACAGGUCCCCCUCAGAAAAGAGAGUAUGUUGUACUGUAAAGUCUGUGGAGAUGGCUAAAUGCACUUUCAAUAAGGUUUGAUUUGAUGUUCCUUCUCAAGAGGAGGAAGGUGGUCAUAUGAUCGAUAGAGUAGUCCGAUAUGAGUGUAUAAAUGUUUUCUAUACUAACGCUACUCCUGGUCAGGUGAUAACCUGAUCUGUGGCAGCUAUGACUGCAGACUGGCCUGGUUUGAUCUAGACCUCUCCACCAAACCCUACAAGAUGCUGCGGUGAGGCACCACUAUACAUUCUCAUUUAUAAUUAUUGAUUGCUAAUGAAUAAUAGUUGUUGACCAUGUGACAAGAUAGUAAUUCAUAAGGCCUGUUUUUUAUUGGUUCUGAAGUCUGUUGUCUAUUUUGGUGACCCAGGCAUCACAAGAAGGCCUUGAGGGGCGUGGCUUAUCACAGAAACUACCCCCUAUUCGCCUCUGGUGCUGAUGACGGCAGCGUGAUCGUCUGCCACGGCAUGGUCUACAAGUAAGUCACCUCUCGCUAUCACACCUACUGUACCAAUACAAUAUUACACCUCUCCCCUUCACCGUCUCUCUCAUGUCUAUCACCAUCUCUCCUUUCCUGUGAGUCAUUCUCUCUCUCUACAAGUCACUCAUCACACCUUCCACUGCGAUAUUACACCUUUUCUCUCUCAUCUGUCUCAUCUCUCUUUUCCUCUUUCGUCUCUCUCUCUUUCACCAUAUCUGAACCCUUUUUGGUCUUUCCUCCAGCACGUAUCCAGAACCAUAGAGCCAGUUAGGUCAUAAAAAGCUCCUUGAGUAAGGGUAAUGAAGCGUGUCCGGUUGAGGGCAACACAACUCUGGAUCCAACCCCUUCAUCAGUCUCCCUCUACUAGAUCUAUUUAUAUUCAAACCAAAGAUGUAAUGUUGUUUUUCCCGGCGCGUUCCUUCUCCAACUCGCCGAAAUGUUGAUGCAUAUCCUACAAACCAUAUUUCCUGUAUUGUACAUUUUAUUUCGGCUGUAUAACCAUCAACAGGUUUUAAAUGAAGAAGAAAAUAACUUUAGGAAUACUUUAGAAUAUUGUCUGUAUUCCAUCUUCUGCACUGUUCUGAUGUCAUAACUCUAUCAAUCUUUCUCUCUCUCGUCUUUCUUUCUUUCUUUCUUUCUUUACAGUGACCUGCUCCAGAACCCUCUCAUUGUUCCAGUCAAGGUACUGAAGGGUCACCAGAUCACCCACGACCUGGGGGUCCUAGACGUGACCUUCCACCCCACCCAGCCCUGGGUCUUCUCCUCAGGGGCCGACGCCACCAUCCGCCUCUUCACCUAAACCACCUCGGUCACAUCUCAAAUCACACCCUAUUCCCUAUAUAGUGCACUACUUUUGACCAGAGCAGUUUGACAAAAGCAGUGCACUACAGUAUAUAGGGAUACCUUUUAACUCAAAUUACAUGCUAUUCCCUAUAUAGUACACUACUUAUGACCAGAGUAGUUUGACAAAAGUGGUGCACUAUAUAGGGAAUAUGGAUACCUUGGUUGCAUCUCAAAUGGCAUCCUAUUCCCUAUAUAGUGCACUACUUUUGACCAGAGCCCACAUAGGGCUAUAUUUGAGCUAUAUGGAUCAUGUAUUUAAGACGCUUCCCAGUCUCCUCCCAUGUCCCCUGACAGCUAUCCCUGACGGAAUAAUCAAAUCAGGUGCCUGACAUCAUAUACAUUAUCCUCAUGUUUAGUACUGGAUUUGUCAGAGUCCUGUUAGUAUUUGUCCAAGCUAAGAGAACAUCAACCACGCAGCCAUAAUCUCUUUCUCUCUUCAGUGAAACUGAGACAGUAAAAAUAUGUUUGGUUUCAAACGGCCCCUCAAAUCUGGACUGGGCAGGAAAGCCCAUUUCCGUCUAUGUUGCUGCCCUUGUAGCAGCGCAUAAGAGUCAAACCACUAAUGCUUUGACACUUCAGACAGCCCCGUGACAAAAUAUACUGUAUGUUCAGAGAUGGAGCUUGCCAAUAGGAACAAUAGAACAAAGCGGUUGUGGGCCCCCAGAAGGCCCGUCAGCCCCUGUCCUAGAAGUAUAUGUGUAAAUAUAUCUCUGUCUUUCUUUGAGUGUAUGAAACCAAAGUAAUGUCCAGUUGAGGUUCUGCAGGACUCGUUUCAAUGACAUGAAACGCUAUGAAUGGCGAUGUAUGAUCCCUUUUUUAAACUAAUUUGAAUUGUAAAGUCUUCUGACUGCUUUUCUCUACGACUUUGUCUGUCUGCUACAGGUAUUUCCUUUUGAAUUAAAACGGGUGUUUCCUGAAGCGUCUGAAGCGUGUGUGUUUUGUUUGGGUCUCUCUCUUCCUUCUCUUUUGCAUCGGCGGCCGGCGGGUCACGGAGGGUGAACUCAAAACCUCUGAAAUAUAUGCAACCAGGGACAUGGAAGUGGGUUUCCUUUUCCUUUGCUCCUCAGCUCAGCACCAGACGAGAGCCUUCAGAAAGCGGUGGAUUAUAUAUCAUUCUCUGUCAAGACGAGGCAAGGCCGUUCUGUACUACACUGUACACCUGUGGCUCCCUCCCUCUCUCACAUCGCUGUAUCAUUUGUUUGUCCCAAAUGGCACCCUAUUUCCUACGUAGUGCACUACUUUUGACUAGGGCCCAUAGGGCUCUGGUCAAAACUAGUGCACUAUAUAGGGAAUAGUGUGCCAUUUGGGACGAAGAUAGUCAGUCAGUCUCAGUCCGUCAGUCAGUCAGUCUGUCAGUCUCAGUCUGUCCGUCCGUCUGUGUCUGUCUGUCCGUCUGUCUCUGUAUGUCCGUCUGUCUCCUUCCAGUGGCUACACAGUGUAUUAUACUGCUGUCUGAGCUGGCUAGACCUAGGCAUUCAUGGCUUCACUGUACAUGGUCACUCAGAAACAGACAAUGUUUCUAGCUAUGAUCUAAAUCUGAAAACAUUGUGAAUGAAAUUGAUUCUGGCAAACAAAUAUACUAAAUUUGAGGUCUAUAGAAUUUCAGUAAUGAAACAUUGUCUUGAAAGCAAUGUUCUAUUUCAUGUAAAUUACAACAUGAUGACAACAGCGACCAUGAGGGAACUAAGAAAUAUACAGUGCAGCUGACUGAUACGCAUGUUCUAAAUAUUUGAAUAUGUAUGUUAUAGCCUAGAAAUGUGCACCUCAACUGUUAGUCGUCUCAACUGUUGAAAUGUUUUAUGUCGUUUAUUACAAUGUAUGGCCAUGAAUCAAAUGCCAGGUAAUUUAUAAAUCAGCUAGCGUUUCUAGCCACUAAAACUACAUUUCCUCUUACAGGAAUAUCCUCUCUUCGUGGAAUGUAGGUUACAGUUGCUCUCGUGGAUUGAUUUGGCCAAGAUUUUGUGCCAAGAUUUGUAUAGACAUUAACGACGCUCACUCUAGUCAUUGGCCGAUAGAUGCUAAUAGUCAGAGUUGAUUGAUCCAUAUGGCUUUUAACACACUUGGCAUAUUCAACAUGAGAAGUAGGCCUGUCAAUGUGUUUUAGGAAUACAAUGCAUUUGUUUCACUUCAAACCACUUGUCUACUUUAGCUCUGACUGAUGGUAGUUUGUUUCAUCACGAACACCAUUUAUACAUAUGGAAUUACUCAGGUGGUCUUGAAAUCAACUUUCAAUUGGGUCAAAAUGGAAAUAAAUAAAAGCCAACUACUUUAAACCAUAAAACUGUUUGACAGGUCCAAAAAAAGGUUGUUUUUCUAGUGUCCAGAGGAAGUUCCUCCAUUCCCUUUGUCAAGGAUACCAUACUAGAGCUAAAGUGAUGGAAAACUGAAGCUGCUGCCACGAAAGCCCUUUGGGAGGGCAGUAAUGUUAGUUAGUUUCCCCCUGAAGCUUCUUAUUGGUGGAGGGACCCAAACAUUAAAACGCUACAUUUAAGGAGCCCUACAAAUAAGUAUGGAAGUGCUUUGAUAUUGCAUACAUGCAUGAGAGCAGUGAAAAACUCCAUGCCUCAUAAAGUAUAUUGCACUGUCUCUCCUCCACCAUUUAAUGUUUCCACUCUUGAAUUUCAUAAAUAAAAAAAAUAAAAACUAAGCAGGAAACUGUUGGGCUUGGUUCGCUUUACCACAUUUAUCAAUUAACACUGGCAGUAGCCAGAGAAACCAGCCAAUUGAUUGCAGCUGUCCCCGUUUUGAAGUCCCACUUUUCCCAGCUCUCCCAAGCUGUACCGGGAGGGAGGAAAUGGACAUGCAUAAAAUCAUUUUGAAUCAAUGCAAAGGGUUUGGUCCCAUACAUUAUAUUUUACACAAACCAUUAGAUUGGCAGCAGGCCAGGCAGGCUCAGUCAGAGCAGAUGAGUAUUUCUGUUCGAAUAAAUUAGCUGACGGGGUUGCCAGUAGCCGGAGAGACAAGUGAAACCCUGUAAAGACGUCACACCAGGCAGAACCAGACUGAGACAGGGCUCGGCCUCCUCGACACGCUCUUGGUCAAAACUGAAAAUGGCACAAGACAAAUUCCUCUCCUCUGUCUGCAGCUCUGAGAUGACAUCAUAAAGUCUUAAAAAUACUUGUUGACCUUUUAAUGACUUCCUCCUCUCUGCUCCUUUGACUGACCGCCGCCACACUGCUUUGAGCCUUGCCCAGGGGCCCCACCGCCACAGAGCUUUAAGCCCAGCCCUGCCUGCAUGGGGGCCCCACCAAGGGCCUCCAUUGUAAAUGUGUUGUUGCCAUGGCCCAUUGCUAUAACGUGUAUAGGUUUUGUGUUGCAUGUGGGUUCCUGAGUACAGUAAGUUAAAUGCCCUUGUGUGUUUCUGUGUGUAGUUCUUGCAUUACGGUUCUACUCUGUUUUUGUGGAUGACUUCAGACAGUGGCACUGAAACAGUCUGAAAGCACAGGCUCUUUGGAGAGGCUUUGGAUGUCUGUUACUGUGUCUCGCCCACAACACUGAGCUGCGAGUGUGUGUGUGUGUGUGUGUGUGUGUAGCUGCGGUUUUCCUGUCAGUGAAACCCAAUAACACUCCCAUUGCAUCACUCUGAAUAGUUUCAAAAGAAAUUGAUGCAGUUCUGGCAGACGGCAAGUGUUUCCAUCGCUUUUUCUUUCCUUCUUUUCUCCCCCCCCCCAUUCGUUUUUUUCACCCGCAGGGAGCGUGGUCAAAACAAACAGCAAAUAUGCGGUCGGUGUAGAGAAACUGGGCUUGGAGAAGGCCACAUUCCAGGAUAAGUGGAAAAAUUAG